GUCGCCUUAAAUGUACAUACAACAUGGUUCAAUAUUGUAGCUCUGUGUAGGGUGAUGGGGAAACCUCUGGCACGAACACUACGGAGGCUGAGGAUUUCAUCUCCCACCAGGACCUCCCAUGCUAAAACGAUGUACCCUCGUGGCAUCAUAUAUUUUGGAUAUAUAACCAGUUUACGAGUGGAUCAUAUAGGUGUGUUUAAAACCCUUCGAUAUCAAGCCUUUGUGAAGGCUUCCUACUGAGAACAAUGGCGUCAGGUAUGGACACCAUAUCACCCUCCAUGCAAGAACAGAUCUCAGAACUGUUGAAACCACAUAGGGUGUGUCUGGCGAGGACGGUCGGGCUAAACCAUUCGACGCAGCCAGAGGGGAGAUCAGAGAGCAGAGUUCUGGUGCUGAGUCCAUGGAGAGGUUACUUGAUCAUAAACAGACAACCUGCCAGGGUGGAGAGUUCAUUCAGCUUUCUUGAGAUUUCCUCUAUCAACAUUUUCAGCCUCACACAGGUUGUGUUUGAGAUGGAUAGUCAAACAUUGUCUUUCAGUGUAUCACAAAUCGAGGAUCUGGAGACCAUGAUCAGUCACAUGACCACUGCUCUCAAGAAGAUCUUCCCGGAUUCAUCUCCAAGAAAGCUUUUAAAGAAGAUACCUUCAGAUAUCCAGGACAGAAUCUACACACUGUCCACUCUGGUAGAGGAGCAACUGGAUGAUCAACCUGCGUCCUGUGGAGGGUUUUCCGACACCUAUGCUGCUUUGUGUGACUUCAACGAGACACCCUGCAGACAGGAGAUUCAGUGGGAUGUAGACAACAUCUUCUAUGUCCACAAUUGUCAAGAGUUCAAUCUUCUGCACUUCAGUCACUUAGAGAGCAAGGACUUGGCAUUAGCGGUAGCAGCUCUGUCCUUCAACCAGUGGUUUACCAGGAUCUACAGUAAAGAACUCAAAUUGUCGGCAGACAUCCAGCAGCAGCUCGUCUUCUUACUUUCCAGAUCCCCCUGUCUGGAGGAGCUCUCCCUGGAGGCCAGCGGGCUCAAGCUGGACUUUGCCAUCAAAGCAGCAACUGCCCUAAGAGAGCACGCCUCAUCCUCCCUGCACUCCAUCAACCUCUCCGCUAAUCCGAUUGAAGACAAAGGUGUGAUAGCUCUCAGUCAGGAGUUGGGGAACCUAGCUGUGGGCCUCAGACAUCUGUCUCUGUCCAGGGUCUCUAUGUCUGCCAGAGGUCUUGGCAGUCUGUGUCAGGUAUUGUCUACCGUCCAGCUGUUUUCAGAUUCUCUGACCCAUCUGGACCUUUCUGGUAACCCUGGCAGUUUAGCCACUGAGGAGGCCACGCCUCUCUUUAGGUUCCUGUCCAGUUCUAACUCUUUGUCCUUUCUGGACCUCAGUGGUACUGAAUGCCCUUUGGACACGUUGUUUGUGUCUCUGUCUGCUGGAUGCUGCUCCAAGUUGUCCCACCUCAACUUGGCUAAGAACCCUUUUAGCCUCAGAAAAGUGCAGAAGGUGACUAGGAGCAUUCAAGAGUUCUUCAGUCAGAGCUGCAGUCUGAAAUACGUGGGACUUUCUGCGACCAGACUACCUCCACAAGCUCUCAAGUUAUUAUUACAGGGUUUAGCAAUCAAUACCUGUAUUUCUGGGCUGGAGCUAGACAUCAAAAGCUGUGAGUUACGUUCAGCAGGGGCACAGGUGAUACAGGAGCACAUCUUUGAAGCCACAGCCAUUAGCAGUCUAGACAUCUCUGACAAUGGUUUUGAGAGUGACAUGGUGACUCUGAUAUUGUCUCUUGGACGCUGCCAGUCUCUCCGACACCUGGCACUGGGAAGAAAUUUUUCCAUGAAGUCUAGGGCUCUGACGGAUGUUCUCCAGCGCAUCGCUCAGCUCGUCCAGGAAGAGGAGUGUCCUCUGGAGUCUCUGUCAGUGUGUGACUCCAAGCUGAAAGCGGGGACAACUAUUCUGAUCAAUUCGCUGGGCUCAAGUACUUCUCUGACUAAAGUGGACAUCAGUGGCAAUGCAAUAGGAAACACGGGAGCCAAGAUGCUGGCUAAAGCACUGCUAACCAACACUAAGUUAAGGACUGUGGUCUGGGACAGAAACAACAUUACAGCUAGGGGGUUCCAGGAUGUAGCUGAUGCUUUAGAAAGGAACUUCACCCUUCAAGAGGUGACCCUCCCGCUUGCUGAUGUCAUUCAGAGUUAUCGCAGCAGCUCUGAUAGGACAGAGGAGGCCUUGCACAAGGAGCCAGUGUCUGAGACAGAGAAUGAAGCCAAUGAGGGGAUGGGCAGGGUGGAUGAAGGAGUAGAGGAGUUUUUCACCAAGAAAAUCAUCCCUGAUUAUGUGCUAAAAGGCCGGUGGGAGGAGUCAAACCCUGCCGAAGCCACUCCCUCAGACUCAAGCUCCACUCCCUCUGUCCCCGCUCCUCUUUCCCCGUCUUUGUCUGACAGCAUCACUUCCUCCACCACUGUUGUCAUCUCUUCCUCUGCCCUACCUAGUGACACAUCCCUUACCCAUACUAAGUCCACUAAUAUCACAUCUGUAACAUCCUCCACCACCACCUCUUCCAUCACUUCCACCACCACCACACCCCCCUCCAAAAACAUCAAGAAGAAGUUUGGUGACUUCUUUGCCUUCAAGAGGGCUCGAGCUGGCCGAGCUUCCAAGGCAGGAGGGGGAGAGGGAGGAGGAGGAGGAGGGGGAGAGGGAGCGAAGGUCAAAAGGACCUCCAUCGCGGACCUUAUCCGACCCCUCCGUGAGGCGAAAGAGAGGGAGAGAGAGAGGGAGAGGGAGAGGGACAAGGAAAGAGAGAAGGAGAGAGGGACAAGGUCAGUGGAGGAUGUUAAUGUGUCUAAUGAUGCCACCAUGACAGAGGGAACCGUUGCCACCGACGACUCGGGCGACAGGAAGGACAAGAUGGCCAUGAUGACGCCUCCCAUUAAGGCCACUGCCCCCUCCCUUACCACCACAUUCCUUGAUCUCACCACUGCCGCCGCUGCCACUACGCUCUCAAACCUAGAAGAAGAGGUAGUAACCUCACUUCCUGUUGGACCGGGCUACCCAGCCCGCUCCGUGGUCACUCCCCCUAUGAUGACUACAUCAACCGAGUGGGAGAAGAGCAGGAUGCUGGACAAAGAGAGGAUGAUGGGAGGAGGGACACCAGAUGGAGAGAGGCGGUUGAAGGUCGCCAGGAGGUCACUGAGAGAGGGCAAAAGUCAGAGUCUCAUACUGCUGACAGGGUUAGAGCCUAAUGAACAGAAUAAGAGACACGCAUCAGAGGGCACGUCCAGCUUUGAACAAAAGCUGCAGGUGAUGCUACACAAAAUGGGUGUGGCAAAAACUCCGCCAGCAGACACCAAGGCAAGCCAGAGCAAAGAAGAGGAGCUGAGAAAAGCCAACUCUGAGGGUGCUAUUCUGGACAAACCAGAGCCAACUUCCAUAUUUAUAAAGCCCAGAACAAUGUCCACUUCAUCGGAUACCAGACGCCCUCAACGAGCAGUGGACCCGUUCUCUUCUGACCCUCCCCUUCACCCCAAGCCCCCCCUCCCCGAGCGUCCCGCCGGACCUCUUCCCCCCAAACCUGUCCUCAGCGCUAAGCCCCCUCUUCCCAUUCCAGCUGCUUCUGCGGGAGGAGGUUUCUCUGGUUCCAAGACGGCAGCCCCUGCCGUUCAGCAAGUCUUUCCCCCUCCUCAUCACCUCCCUUCCUCUGCUCAUGGCACCCGUUCCCAAGCAGAGGCCCGCCCAAGGCCGUCCACACAUGAGGGGAAAGCUGAGACAGAUGGCUCUAAAACUCAGAUUGAAAACCAGCAGGAGCCCCUUUCUCAGGCGCCCAUACAGAAAGAUGGCCCCGCUGCAGCCGCAGCUCCCCCUGCCCCAUCACCGCGGAGAGGUGCCAGCGCACAGCACCGCUCUGAGAAAGCACAAUCAGCCACUGACGAGAGUCUUCCUAAACCCCAUCCACGCUUGAAACCCCUCCCACAGCGCCGAGCUGUUUCUGUCCACGAGGAUGCUUUUGCUAUGACACAAGAGCUAAAAGCUGUUUUACAGAGGUCGCCCAUCCGUCACCGUGACAACAGGGCAGACCUGCCCACUUGUACUGAAGACACUCCCACAGGUGAGGAAGUAGAGGAGGCGGCUGACAGAGGUGGUGAACCGGGGAAGGGCAAAAAGAAGGGGCAAGAGAAAGAGAAACUGGACAAAUCUAAGAUGGAGAAAGGGAGGACAGGAGAAGGGGAGAUGGCGGACAAUAAAUCAUCAUUGGGAGAGGAAAAAACACCAGUCUCAGCCCCUGUGGAGAAAGACCCCAACUCCACCUCCCCGGGCGGCGGACAGAAACCUCCACUUCCUCUGCUUAGUGUAACCCCAGCUUUGGAGAAAGCCGAGUCGACCCGAGUCAAGUCCCCAGUCAUGGCAGGUGUCACACUCCCUGCUUCAGGUGCAACCUGCUUAUCGCCAACCCUGGAAAAAGUCCAGGUGAUGCCGUCCCAAGGGAAGUCUCCAAGCACAAACCUUGUCACAGUGGAUGUUAGAAACAGCACACAGGAAAAGAAAAAGACGGUCUUGAAACAGCACAUAACAGAACCGCCAGACCAAAGAACUGACGCCCCCGUUUCCAAAUGACAAGGACGGACAAACACGAGGGGAGAGACCUAAGCUUGAGGAGUUGUCAAUGACAUCACGGGAAUCAAACACUGGGAGGGUGCCAGGCCUAUGCUGUAGCAUGUUAGAUCCACUAUAUAUGAAAAACAUUGGCCAGAUGUGUGGGACAUCUCACUGAGCACAUCAUACACUCUGAGAGGAUGUUUUGUUUUUUUAUAUAUAUCUAUAUAUGUAUAUCUAACACAUUUGCAAGUGUAAAUUCAUCACUACACUUUUAAGCAAAUGUUAACGAUGCAUUAAUAUAGCAAGUCAUGUCAACUCAUCUCAUGGUGAUGUUUACAUGUGUUGAAAAAACACAACACAAACACCGUUGAUUUUGAAAAUAACCUACUUUUGAGAGGAGUAGCCUCAGUUUUGUUUCCCUGUAAUGUCAUUGACCUGAGCAUCCUUCUCCUCCUGGAUGAGAGUUUAUUUUCUAACGUCAUGUCUAUCUUUGCCUUGCACGCCAGCUGAAAUAUGUACAAAAUACAUAAGAAUGCAACGACAGAAAUUAUGAGCAAAGUUUUAAAGAGUGUAAAUCAAUACCUAUACUUGUUAAUAAUUAUUAAAAAUUCAUUGCG